AUGCUCCCCUUCUUCUUGUUACUUCUCCUGGGGCUCCCACGGGUGGGUACUACUGUCAACAAUGCCACUGGGUUGGACAACAGUACCAGUGGCUUGAGCAUUGACAUCGAGCCUAGGCAAGGUAUGAACUCUCGAGAACUCCUCACCUACAAGAACUGCAAUGAGAACUGCUCCUUCUACUAUGUCCACUGCUGUGUGACCCACAAUUGCAACAAUGUAGGACCUUCUAAUAUAGAGAGGGACUUGCUACCUGACGCGGUGGUUGAGGAGACCACGAUUGAGAGGGCUGUGUGUCUGGGGGAGUUCAACCUUCUCCUGAGCCUUGCCUCGAUACUCUCCAGCGGCAUACUGGCCUGA